GUGCUUUAUAGUUGUGUGAGAAAUAUUGCACGAGGAUAAUAUCAAGUAUCGAUUACACAAACUUCUUGGAUACGUAAAAGUAAUGCAGCAUCAUGGACGCGUGUUUUACUGCAUUCGAUAAAGACGGUGAUGGAUUUCUUUCAUUAGCUGAAUUUGAACUAAUUUGCCGUGCACUAUUUCGUAAUGAUCGCGGUAAAGUUUAUGAACUCGAGGAACAACAAUUGAAAGAUAUUUUCGCUGUUUUCGAUACCAAGGGUGAUGGUUUGCUUGACAGGAUAGAAUUUGAGGUCUGUUGGAAUCGAUGGAUUAAAGUAUGCACAAGGCCAAAAAGUGCGUUUCUGAUUGUGGACGUGCAGAAUGAUUUUAUAAGCGGUUCACUUAAUAUACAAAACUGCGCUGCUCAACACGAUGGUUCAGAAGUUAUUGAACCGAUAAAUCGUUUAUUGGAGAACGUGCCUUUUGAUGCGGUUUUCUAUUCUCUCGAUUGGCAUCCGGUAGAUCAUGUUUCUUUCAUCGAUAAUCUCCAUCUUAGGGAUAUCGAUUUAUCGACUGGAAUAGCGAAAGAGGAGAUACACGUUUACGAUACUGUGACAUUUAUCGGUCCACCUGAAUUAAAGCAAAGAUUAUGGCCGAGGCAUUGCGUUCAGGAUUCAUGGGGUGCUGAACUGCACAAGGAUUUGAAAAUUGUUGAGAAGGCAAUUAAAAUUUAUAAAGGAACAAAUCCUGAUGUUGAUUCAUAUUCAGUAUUUUGGGAUAAUAAAAAAUUAACCGAAACAACACUCUCGUCACAAUUGCAAGCGAAAGGUGCAACUGAUAUUUAUAUUUGCGGUCUUGCCUAUGAUGUUUGUGUUGGAGCAACGGCCGUCGAUGCUCUUGCUAGUGGUUAUCGAACAAUUUUAAUCGAUGAUUGCAGUCGUGGAGUUGAUUUGGUGGACAUCGAGAAAACAAAAUCAACAGUUAUUGCAAAUAAUGGCGUAAUUGUUAAUUCGAGUCAAGUUCAGGCAAUGGUCGAGGGACGUGAUCGAAGACCCGAACUCGGUUAUAAACUCGCAAUGGAAAUAAAACAGACGCUAAAUAAUAAAAUAAAUAAAUAGAGAAAUAAUUUCAAAUCAAAAUUAUAUGAAAGUAUACGAAAUGUGAAUAUUCUCACUUUGAAGAAAACUUCAAAAUCGAAAUUGAAAUUAGCCUUUUUAAUUAGAAAGGAUUAUUUUUCAAGCUGUUUUAGGAAAAUACCUAGCCUUUUAGAAAAUGCGAUUGUCAUUCGAAUUUCUUAUUAGAAAAUUAGAAAUAAAACUAGUUUUAGAACUAGAUGUAAAAAAGAAUUCUACAAAAUAUUUUU